UCUUCGAGCGACCUUCACCUUAGCAUUUGUUCAUUGUUGAUAUAUUUUGCGAUGUGUUGACUUCUGAAAUAAAAUGUUUCGUGGCCCGGUCUUUUACAGCUCUCUUAGCUCACGUCACCUAACACAGAGUGUAAGAUGUGCUCAUAAAAUACCUAUAGAUAAAGCAUGGGCUGCUGGUGCUGAAAAAGAGCUUAAAGGCAAAGAUGUAGAAUCUACUUUGACUUGGAGAACACAUGAGGGCAUCGACAUAAAACCAGUUUAUACUAAAGAUGAUUCUGUUGACAUACCUAAAGAAAUACCUGGUCAUUUUCCAUAUACCCGAGGUCCCUAUUCUACUAUGUAUACACAUAGACCCUGGACCAUUAGACAGUAUGCAGGUUUUAGUACAGUAGAAGAAAGUAACAAGUUUUAUAGAGAGAAUAUAGCAGCUGGUCAACAAGGUCUUAGUGUAGCAUUUGAUCUACCAACACACAGAGGAUAUGAUUCUGAUAAUCCCCGUGUGGUAGGAGAUGUUGGUAUGGCUGGUGUUGCCAUUGAUUCUGUUGAAGAUACAAAGAUUUUAUUUGAUGGUAUACCCUUAAACAAGAUAUCAACAUCUAUGACUAUGAAUGGUGCAGUAUUACCUAUAAUGGCCAUGUAUAUUGUCUCUGCUGAGGAACAGGGUGCCAAGCAAUCAGAAAUGGCUGGAACUAUUCAGAAUGAUAUUUUAAAAGAAUUUAUGGUUCGCAACACAUACAUUUUUCCUCCAGAGCCAUCUAUGAGAAUAAUUGGUGAUAUCUUUUCCUACACUUCCAAGAAUAUGCCCAAGUUUAAUUCUAUCUCUAUAUCUGGUUAUCAUAUGCAAGAAGCUGGAGCAGAUGCAGUAUUAGAGUUAGCUUUUACUUUAGCUGAUGGUUUACAGUAUGUUAGAACAGGAUUAGAAUGUGGCCUUGAAAUUGAUAAAUUUGCUCCUCGACUAUCAUUUUUCUGGGGUAUUGGAAUGAAUUUUUAUAUGGAGAUAGCUAAACUUAGAGCAGGACGAAGAUUAUGGGCAGAAAUGAUCAAAGAAAAAUUUAAACCUCAGAAAUCAAAAUCUCUUUUAUUACGAUGUCAUUGUCAGACUUCAGGCUGGAGCUUAACAGAACAGGAUCCGUAUAAUAAUAUAAUGCGCACAACAAUAGAAGCUAUGGCUGCUGUUUUUGGUGGCACUCAAUCUCUGCAUACUAAUGCUUUUGAUGAAGCUUUGGGUCUGCCAACUAAAUUUAGUGCCAGGAUAGCCAGAAAUACACAGAUUGUUUUACAAGAAGAAUCAGGAGUUGCAAAUGUAGCAGAUCCAUGGGGAGGUUCAUACAUGAUGGAGAGUCUAACCAAUGAUAUUUAUGAAAAAGCUCUUGCUCUUAUUAAUGAGAUUGAAGAAAUGGGUGGUAUGGCUAAAGCAGUGGCAUCUGGUAUGCCUAAAUUAAGAAUAGAAGAAUGUGCUGCCAGGCGACAAGCCAGGAUUGACAGUGGUCAAGAAGUUAUUGUUGGUGUAAAUAAACAUCGUUUAAAAGAUGAAGAACCUAUAGAUGUAUUAAUCGUUGAUAACACAGCUGUUAGAGAAGGACAAAUAGCUAGAAUUAAAAAAGUCAGAGAAACAAGGGAUCAGAAAAAAGCUGAAGAAUGUUUGUCUGCUAUAACUGAAUGUUGUAAGAGUCAUGAUGGUAAUUUAUUAGCAUUAAGUAUAGAAGCUGCUAGAGCUAGAUGUACUGUGGGAGAAAUAACUGAUGCUAUGGAACUUGUUUUCCAGAGGCACACAGCUACAGGUAGAUUAGUUAGUGGAGCAUAUAAAACAGAAUUUGCUGAAAAGGAUGAAUUACAGAAAGUUAUGGAUAGAAUAAAGCAAUUUAUUGAACAUGAAGGAAGAAGACCAAGAAUUUUAGUAGCUAAAGUUGGACAAGAUGGUCAUGAUAGAGGUGGUAAAGUAAUAGCUACUGGUUUCGCUGAUGUUGGUUUUGAUGUAGAUAUUGGACCAUUAUUUGCUACACCAAGGGAGGCAGCACAGCAAGCAGUUGAUGCUGAUGUACAUGUAGUAGGAGUUAGUUCCCUUGCUGCAGGACAUAAAACAUUAAUACCAGAAUUGGUAAAAGAAUUACAGAAAAUGGGACGUCCUGAUAUUAUAGUAGUAGCCGGUGGAGUUAUUCCCCCUCAAGAUUAUGACUUUUUAUACAAAUCUGGUUGUUCUGCUAUAUUUGGACCAGGAACAAGGAUACCCGAUGCAGCCAUUCAAGUUAUUGAUAUUUUAGAAUCUGAUAAUAAUAACACAUCACGACAGAAAGCAGUGUGAAGAUAGAGGAGUGUAAUGUUAAGAUAGUGUACAUAAAACUAUUAUUCUAUUUCAGAGAAAAAGUGUUGUAAAGUGCUAGAUUAUGAUAUUUCAUAAACAACACUAUAAAAAAUUAUUCUCUAUAUUUUAGAGGGAAGGCAGGAGUAUGAGUAAAACUGCUUUGUUUUGUUUGUUACACGACAAUUUUAUGUUACUGCUAGCUAUAAUCACCCAAAAUAGCUUUUUAUCUGAAUGUAUAUGGUUCCAAUUUCUAACAAAUUCAAAAUACUUACUUUAAAAUUAUGAAAGCCUUAAGCAUUUACGAUAAGACUGGGGCUGAAAUCUCGUCCACAUAUCCUUGCCAAUAAAAUUUAAAUACACAAAUUUGACAUAGCCGGUAAAUUAAAAUAAAGUGUUGAGAUUUUACAUGUCAGAUAAGGGGAAUGACUUGCUGGUAAUGUCCCUUGUAAUGAUUUACAUAUAUAAGCUAAUUGUUGCUUCAGAUUAUGUGCCCCACUGAUGUAAUUAGGGGAGGGUGUUGCACUGGACCAUCAAAAUGUGCCCAAUAAUUAUUUUUAAUCAAGCAAAUAAUGCUGUUUUGUGGGUAUUUUUAUCAGGGAAGUCUCCCUUAUCUUCUAUCACUCCCCAUUAUUAUCAAUUUAAAUAAUUUUAAAAUUUUGUGGUCUCUUCCCCCACAUUUCAAAAAUCCUGCAUCCAUUAUAUCUGCUGCCCCCUACUUGUUAAUGCUAGGUUUUCCCCAGUGUCCAUGAUCCUUGUAUUUAGUAGCAUGAUAAAUUAUCAGCUUGAUAGAUAUAUCUGUAUUUCGAAAAAUUUAAUGAUAGUUGGUCAAAUUUGAUGAUAGAUUAAAGGUCCAACAGACCUGAGGCUAAUAAAUAGUGUGUAUACUGAUACAGCUCUCAGAUCAAAUCUGUAACAACCUUGCCAGUGGUUACCCGAUGCUUCUUGUCACUGGUUAGUCAAAGUUUGUGUUUGUGUGUGGUCCAGCAUUGAUUUCAAAGAAAUAGAUCCCUAAUGUCAACAAGAUAUUUAUAUCUGAUGGAUACAUGUAUAUAUAUGUAUGUUGAAUUUUGCAAAUAAAUUGUUGGCAUGUAAAAACAAAUCUACAA